AUUUUCUUCAAAACUCAUGUAUUCUCAUUCAACUCUCUAUCCCUAUUAUUCCUCUUUCACGUAAACUAAUGGCACGUUCAUACGAAAAGCCUGCCUAUUCCUCCAUCGACGACAAUGAGAAGCAUCGAGAAUUCGACCGUGACAUCCGAGAAAUGGUUUCCACCCUCACCAGUCGCUUGGGAUUGCUUCGAAAAGGAGGUUCCGCCCAAAGCCAUGAACUUGUUGACGACCAAGGCUCAAGCAUCAUCACACUUGCGGGAACCAACACAGGAGCCACCAUGCGAGCAGAACUGAAUGGGAAAACGACGAAGCUUGAUCAGGACACAGGUGUGGACGAGAAUGAGUCCCUCACCUCCUACAUUAACAGCAACUUCCAAGCCAUUAACAACUCCAUCAUGUUUGGAGGAAGCUACACAGGGAAUGACCCUGGAGUUCACAUGGAGUAUACCUCUGAUCUCCAUGAAGAAGGCCAUAAGGCUGAGAAAGGAGGGGCUAAAGGCAAGAAAGUUGGGAAAGAUAAUGCUGAGUCAGGUGGCUCAUGGUUUUCAAAGGAAUGAUAUAUAUAUAUUUUUUUUGAGAAGUAAUCAUAUUAUAUAUAAAUAUAUUUAUAUAUGUCAAUGUUUUAUUAUAUGAUCCAUAAAAUAUAAUGUCAUAUAAAGUACUAAAGAAUAUUGAAGAGGUUUCUACCAUGAGUUUUUCCAAUUCUUGAAGCUUAAUAAACGGAUGUAUUGUGUUUAAAAACAUGUAUUGUUCUUUCUUUAGACCUUAUAUUAAUUCUUUGCAACGUUGUUGAUCA